CAGGUGAGUUAGCUAGUCGUCCCAGCUAUACCACAUGCUGAAAACAUGGCUGCUUCUGUACGGGUGAGGACGUGGAACACAUCUACCUCAGUGAAAACCUGGCUCCUUUAUUUGGCAGGGAUUAUUUUACUAGGAGAUGUAAAUAGCGGGGUGAUGGCAGCUCCAGAACCAGGACAGUGGAGAAUUACAGUUGUCAAUACCUCAAGACCAUUGCUUUUGAGGAAAUCUAUGUAUAAAGACACUGAUAUCAAAUUGAAAGUUGUGUCCUUUGGAUGUCCAGAGGAGAUGACUUUUACCAUUCAAUGGUAUUUGAAAUACUACCCAUGUCACAACGAGUUCAAUAAUAUUGAGGAAAUGUAUGAGAGGACGCCACUGAGUCGAGGACAGGGUAUGGAUCCUAACCCUCUAGGACAAGGGGAAUGCAUUGAGCACAAGCACAAGCCCUUGACCUGCAACAAUGACCUGCGAUACUUCCCAAUGCUAAAUAAAGCCAAGGUGGAACCACGGACAGUUGUCCCGCCCAUGGAAGGGGCAUCACCGGGUUUGGAUGAGAACUACACCAAAUGGACGAUGGAGGAGUAUGACAAAGUCAGCGGUGUGAAGAAUUCCAGUGUGUCACUUAAAGAUGAUGUCAUUGCCACCACGUGGAAGGAUGGCCCCUAUCUGUUUGUGGUGGUGAUUAAAUCUAACAAACAGGAAGCCAACUGGAAUUUAACUGUAAACGUUGUAAUGAAAGGAACUCACGGCUACAUCUCCAUCACUGAAUGGCCUCUCAUGAUCUUCUACAUGGUGAUGUGUAUAGUGUACAUCCUGUACUCGUUACUCUGGUUCAUGUGGGCUGCCUGUUACUGGAAGGACUUACUGCGGAUCCAGUUCUGGAUAGCUGGAGUCAUCUUUCUGGGCAUGGUGGAGAAGGCUGUGUUCUGUGCUGAGUACGAGAACACCAACGGUGUCGGGGCAGCUUCUCCAGGCCUGUUGAUCUUUGCUGAGCUCAUCUCUGCCCUGAAGAGAACCCUGGCACGACUGCUGGUCAUUAUUGUUAGUCUGGGAUAUGGUAUAGUCAAGCCUCGACUGGGUACUGUGAUGCACAGAGUGGUGGGACUAGGCGUCCUGUAUUUUGCCUUUGCUGCUAUCGAAGGUGUGCUUAGGAUCACUGGGGCGAAAGACUCUGACCUGGCUCUGUUGGCCAACAUUCCUCUGGCUCUGCUUGACUCCUCUCUCUGCUGGUGGAUAUUUGUGAGCCUGGCUCAAACUAUAAAGACACUGAAGCUGAGGAGAAACCCAGUCAAACUGUCUCUCUACCGACACUUCACGAACACACUCAUCUUUGCCAUUAUAGCUUCAAUCAUUUUCAUGGUGUGGACGACAAAAAAAUUCCGUCUAGCAGAUUGUCAGUCGGACUGGAUGGAGCUGUGGGUAGAUGAUGCCUUCUGGAGGUUCCUCUUCUCCAUCAUACUGCUGGUUAUCAUGUUGUUAUGGAGACCAUCUGCUAACAACCAGAGGUAUGCAUUCACUCCUCUGAUGGACGACUCUGAUGAUGAGGAGAUCGAGGACUUCCUGGUGUCAGCUAAUUUGGCUGACGGCAUAAAGUUGAGAGCAACCAACUCCAGGAUUGAGACAAACGGUUCUGCCAAGCCUUCAGGACCCAACCCGGAUGAAGACAUGAAAUGGGUGGAAGAGAACAUUCCUACCUCUUUAUCAGACGUAGCGUUGCCUGUCCUUCUCGACUCGGAUGAGGAAAUCAUGACCACAAAAUAUGAAAUGUCCAAGAUGGAGUAACAUGGAAAGUCUUCCUCCCACCCAUGGUGGAUGCAGAGCAUCUCUUCCUCGGGUUCCUAAUGCAUGGCAUGGAAUAGACAGAUCAUCUGAAGCACGACACCUCUCCAAUCCUAGUCCUAGGGCUGUUUAGGCUGAGAUUCAGACCUCUGAUCCUCUGUACAACACUACUGUGGCUUAACGCAACACCUCUGACUUGGCGAUCAGCAGGGUCCUAUUCAUUGGGCAUCAAAUGGAAGAAAAUGGAUUAAAACGGGGAGGUACUACUUCAACUUGUCCAAUAAGAAAUACUUGUUUUAGUUUUCCUUUCCAGAGUGUUUUGUUACGGUGUGCUCUAAUGUAUUCAACCAAUGUUAUAUGUGGGCAACAGAAAAUCUCACCUGCAAUACUCCUAUUCUGUGCGUCCCAAAUGGCACCCUGUUCUCUAUAUAGGGCACUGCUUUUGACCAUGACCCAUAAGGUUUUAUAGGGUAUAUGGUGCCUUUUGGGAUGUAACUUAUGAGACUUCUGUUCCAAAAAAAACAGCUUCACUUUGUUAAAUGCUGUAUGUAUUUAUUUUUAAAAAAAAUUCUCACUGAACUUGACUUUAUAGGAGAAAGGAACAAGCUGGUAUAUUAUUUCAACACCAAUUGGACACACUGCAUAAUAACAUUACCAAUAUUAUUUUGAUAGUUGAUAACAUUCAGAGGUGUAUAGUAAACAUUAUUUAUGAUAUAUUUCACGAAGUGAAGCUUUAUUGUUUCCUAACCAAAGUAUAAUGUGAUGUGGGAGAGUUUGUGCGUUUUUGUCUAGGCUGGGACACAGGAUUCAUACGUGCAGUGUGUUACGCAGUACACAGAAGUGUUCUUGAUAAUGUCAGUGUACAAUGGCAGGACUGGUCUGUUCAGGAGGAUGUAACAUUCCAGAAUAUUUAGAUAGAAAUACAAGGAAUAGAGCUGACAUGAUUCCCUAUUCUAUCUACUAUCAAUGUUCAGAAAGUUUGCAUCACUGAAUGGACCCCUGAGGUUGGUAGAGGCAGUACUGUAAUUGAGGCUUACGUCAUUGAGGAGUUGUGUGUUUGAAUGUGAGUGGAGGGAAUCUUUAGCCUGGUUCCAGAUCAGCAAUAACAGCGUUACAAUGGCCAUAGGAGUUGGCAAGACGGCACAAACACAUCUGGGAUCAGGCUAGGAAGUCCUCUGUUUCCGCUAGUCAAAUAAAGAGCAAUAUUAUAUAUGACCUUGUAAGGUUUACUUACACUCCUCUAGUACCCUCCCUUUAUCUGUUUUACAUUGCUUGUGCACCAAAUGGUACCCUAUUCCCUAUAGCAGGGGUGCCAAGCUCAUUCCAUGUAAGGCUGAGUGUCUGAAGGUUUUAGUUUUUUUCCUUUCAAUUAAGACCUAGACAAUCAAGUACAAAGGAGGAGUGAAAACCCACAGAUGCUCAGCCUUCCAUGGAAUGAGUUUGUAAAGAGUGCCCUAUAUAGUGCACUACUUUUGACCAGAUCCCUAUGCGCCCUGGUAUAAAGUAGUGUGCACUAUAUAGGGGAUAGGGUGCUAUUUGGGACAAAAAUGGUUAUUUAUGUUUAAGUGUACAUACAACUUGCUAUAUUUAGUUUACUCUAGGUACAUUUAUUGGGAUGUUGUUAUUGUGUGAUAAGUUUUAAUGUUAUUUCUGAUUUGUUGUCAUCUGUCUAGCUUUUUCUAAAACUCUUUUUAAAGGACAAACUAUUGUAAAUGACUUGUCUCGUUGAUUAAUUAAUGCGUUUUGUUUUGCGGAUGAAACGGGGAUGUGUCUCUCCAUCUUAUGUUCUGUAAUGGUAUAACACUUUCAAAGUACAGAUUCUUUGUGCACCAUUUCUGUAACGGCAAUCGGUACUGGUGCCUGAAGUCUUCAGCUGUAUGGGGGGUUUGUCUUGUGUGGACAUUCCCGUUUCCAAAUAGGAUUAUGUUGUAUUGGUCCAUGUUAUGCUCUGCGGCCUUCACCUAGGUUAGGGAGUUAUGAUUUCACUCACAACCUCAACUAUUUCCUAGGACCUGUCCAGAAACAUUCCCUACCCACUAGAUUGUCUUACAUCUGUCCAAUCCUUGCAUAGGUAGGGUGUAGUUGUCAGUUUGGGAAUCAGGCCCUAGUAUAUGUAGUGCUUUCCCUAACUUGUAUAAAUUCAUAUUAAGAUACUUCCUCUUACUCAGACCCUGACAUUCUUCUAUUUAUGAUCAUACAACUGUAUGUUGGUUAUUUUCACUUAAGACUGGUUUUGUCUGACUGUUAGUGCUGUUAUUAUAUUAUUUACUGCCUGAUACCUUUUUUGGAAGGGUUAACAUCUUCAAAGCUAUGCUUGAACUUUUAAACACAGGGCCUGUAUUCAUAAAGCGUCGCAGUACGAGUGCUGAUCUAGGAUCAGUUUGACCUUCUAGAUCGUAAUGGACACCUGAUUCCGAUUGGCACGCCUACUUUGAGAUGCUUAGUAAUGUAGAUAUGGCUCCAGAUCAAUGUGGCUUUUUUGUCCUUUUUAUUUCUGUUGGCAGAGCAGAGAGAGAGAGAGAACAGCACCAUGUUAUUAGUAUGCCAAACUGUAAAUCUGUAUUUAUGAUGUUUGUUGAAAAUCUUUGUUUUCUGAUCUAUUUCAAUACGAUGGUUAAUUUAAUUGUAAAUAAAAAUGUUUUACAAA